UUGCAACAAAGAAGAGAAGGCUUCGGUUUAUAUCUUGUCAGCUUGUUUAAAAUUAAUCCGUCAACUAAUUCAGUAAUAUGGAGGACUGGAGCUCAAGUACUGCUGGCGUAAACUUUACCAAUUUUACAAGUGUGCCCACAGAAACAACACUGACGAUAGAAAAGUGGGGCUGGUGGAUAAAACAGAUACUGACGCCAGUUGUUGUGGUUAUUGGACUAGCUGGAAAUUGCUUAUCAUUUAUUGUCAUGAAGACUAAAGCCUGGCGUCAUAAAUCAUACAGUCAUUACCUGUGUGCUUUGGCUGUGUUCGAUUCCUUGACUCUUAUAAACAGGGAGAUUAAACUUAUACAUGACAUGAGACUAUAUGCAGAUGACCCAGGAUUGUACGACAAUUUUAGUGACGUGGGAUGUUCUGUGUACAAUUUUUAUCGCCAUCUUUGCUAUCUGAUGUCUUCGUGGCUUGUGGUUGCGAUGGCAACAGAACGUUUUGUGGCCGUGUAUUAUCCUUUGCGAAAAGCGUACUUUUGCACACAAACCGGUGCCGUGAUCAUUAUUAUAGUCUUGUUGAUGUUGCUGUCAUACACACAAAUAUUUCGUUUUUUUAUGAUAGGAAAUAUUAUGGGUAACUGUGGGGCUACUGAUGAUUAUCUGAAUAUUUAUACUUCUCUACAUAUUUACCUGUAUCAAUUCAGUCUCAUUUGUGGAUUGCCCAUCGGUGUCAUAAUGAUUUGUAAUGGACUAGUUCUCCACCGAAUCUACAGAGUUAAGAAAUUAAGAGCCAAGGAGGACCGGAAGUUUUCGAGGACAUCUCGCUCAGCCUCCAAACGACACAAAGCCACGCUCAUGUUGAUCGCCAUUUCAUUUUUCUACGUCAUAACUCUAAUGCCUUCAAUCAUCAUUUCAGUCAUCGUUCACGUUGCCAUUGUAUCAAAAUCACCAAUGUCGAUGGUGAUUUACAUGAAAAUAACGCCAUAUAAGGAUUUGUUCGCAUUGGUUUCUGACCUCAAUUAUGCCUGUAACUUUUUCAUCUACAUUUUAUCCGGAAAAGUUUUCCGUUCAGAACUUAAAAAACUUUUUGCCACAAAUAAUGGAUACAGCACAUCGACCACAAAAGUUCGCGAAGAAGCAAAUGUUUUGUUUUGAAAGAAAGAUGUGAGGUCCCCUAGCUAGUGUUGACCUCUGCGGUUUCUUUUGGAAGUAUACUUCAAAGAUAACGAAAUAGAUCAUAAUACGAAAAAAAGAUAUCGAUGGUCAAGCACAUGGGGGCAGCUAUAUUGGGUGUGACUCAGCUAUCAGCGAUAGUUAAACUCGUAAACCGUUGGAUGCCUUGGGUCCGUCUUAUUACACAGCAUAUCUCACAUUCUCCAAUAGAUUUUCAACCACAAAUCCAAGUGUAUUCUGUUACCAAUCAACAGCUGCUGAUUAUUCUGUUACCAAUCAACAGCUGCUGAUAAUUGCUUCAUUGUUAAUGACCAAAAUUAAUGUAAAUCCCACGAAGCAAUUUAAAAAAGAAAAAAUACUAAUUAGGCUAACCUUGGCUGAUGCGUUAUUUUAAAGAUGCUAAUCUCUAGUCUCUGGAACCUUAAAAUCGACGAAUGUAAUAUGACUGUUAUCACUGUUUAUUAACUUUUAGUCUUUUAUGGAUCAGCCAUUUUUAUAUAAUUCUGGUGUGAUAUGUUUUGCUUUAUAAUUAAUUGUUCAUCAAGUCUUUUUGUCGGCCGUCGGGAACUGAUAUUUUCACGGUACGAUAACAACAUCAAUAUUGGUUGAAAUGGAACACUAUUAAAUUCCAAUUCUAAUAUCGAAGAUUACGGAUAAUAUUGGUUUGGCUCUUUUUAAAUUAUGCCCAGCUGACAAGUGUGUAAGUAUGUCCACAAAAAGUCUUAGAUAUCAGCUUUACAUGAUAAAUGACAACCAAUCGAUUCCAUGUAAAAAUCUGUAUAAUAGUUUCGAAAAGCUGGCGCUGAAUAUAUAUUUUAACCUUGUCAAUUACAGAACGGAAUAAAGUCAUCUUCCCUACAAAAAGGUUCCCAUGUGUAUGUGUAUAUGUAACGAGAGAGAGAGAGGGGGGGGGGGUAACGUCUACUUGACACAAACUAGGUCAUUUCGGGUCUAACAUUUCAAUGAUUGGCUUGCGCAUAGGGGUCUUUAGCUGUGGGAGGAAUCGAAACCAUUCGACUUGACUCAAUGACACCCAACCCCCAGUAUACAUGUAAGGUGUUUACCAUGAAACGAA